UGUAGUGGAACUACCAUGUGAACCAAACGGAGAGGAUUUCCAACAUGGACGUUCCAUGGACCUCUAUCAUCACCCACGUCAUCAUUUUUGUCUACAUGCUUCAAUACACGUACACUUUUAAGCAAUCAGCUUACUGUCAUGGUCGCGAGGCGCUGCCAUCCCUCUGCGCCAUGAUCACAGGCGACGCGCUUCUCUACUCGAUGUUCCGUGAGACGGCUGUCUCCAUCCCCUGCCCUUUCAGGGGCCCCUUCCUCUUCUCCUACAACAGGGGGCAUGGGGAGUGCCGGCAGCCCCUAUCGAAUAUCGACGCAUGCGCGGACGAGAGCCGGUUGUUGCUCAGCUACCAGGCGUGCCCGGAUGUGCAUGGGUCGGAAAGCGCAGUUGAAGAGCUGGAAUGUCUAGCGGUAUGGAAAGAAGGAAGUAGCCGAUACCUAGUAGGAAAACUCCACCACAACCACGCCACAUCCAACGAAGACCGUUUCCGAUGUUUCGUAUACGAAAAAGCAGCGGAAGGAGAAGACGACGUGGAUUACAGGGUGGCCCAAAGUGGAGAUGCUACUUGCAACGGGUUGUUCAGCGCUACGGAAGGGAGUAGGACCAUGACUCUCAAAAGAGGUUAG